GCUUGUGGAAAUUUGGAACUUGGACACUUGAAAAAGAAAAUUAGGAUCAUCAAGUCAACUCAACACCUACAGAAUUCGUCUACGCAUCACCAAAUGGGUCCCAACGAGGAGAUUCUGGUGGUCGUGGAUGAUAACGCCACCGACACCGACACCAACACCAACACCAACACCAACACCAAUACCCAUAUUCAUAUUCCUAGCUCACCUUCUCCCUCCUCCUGCAACCAACAGGGUAGUAAUCAGUGGGGUACUCUAUCGCUCGCUUACAAGUCAUUAGGAGUUGUCUUUGGAGGGCUUGUGACUUCUCCGCUUUAUGUCUACCCUUCAAUGGCAUUAAAGUCUCCAACUAAAGAUGACUACAUGGGAAUCUACAGUAUCAUGUUCUGGACACUUACUUUAAUUGGAGUUGUCAAGUAUGCUUGUAUAGCUCUGAAAGCAGAUGACCAGGGUGAAGGUGGUACGUUUGCUCUGUAUUCAUUACUUUGCAGGCACAUGAACAUUGGAGCUAUUACUUCAAGAAGUGUCGCUUUACAAUCAAACCUUUCACAUGAUGACUUGCAUCAAGGCUCAAAAAGGAGAAGUAGGCUUGGGAUGUUUAUCGAGAGGAGUUUGAUUGCCAGAAGGGUAUUGUUUUUCAUAGCAAUACUCGGCAUGUGUAUGCUAAUUGGUGAUGGGAUACUCACCCCCGCCAUCUCAGUGUUGUCAGCAAUGGAUGGUAUCAGGGGUCCUUUUCCAGAAUUCAGCAAAUCUCUGAUCGGGGCCCUCUCUGCAUUAGUUCUCAUUGUUCUGUUCAUGCUUCAAAAAUUUGGUACUGCAAGAGUGAGCUUUCUCUUCUCCCCCAUCAUGGGAGUAUGGACAUUGACUACUCCCAUUAUUGGUAUUUACAACGUCAUACGUCAUUACCCUAGUAUUUUCAAGGCAAUAUCACCGCACUACAUCUUCCAGUUCUUCUGGAGGAAUGGUCAUGAGGGUUGGCUGUUGCUUAAUGGCACGAUCCUUUGCAUAACUGGUUCUGAAGCUUUGUUUGCUGAUCUUGGUCAUUUUGACAGGCCAUCCAUUCAGAUCACGUUUUUAUCCCUUAUAUACCCAUCAUUGAUCCUAACUUAUGCGGGACAGACAGCUUACUUGAUUCAGCACCCAAAUGAUCAUGAGGAUGGGUUUUACAAGUUCAUACCCAGAGAGGUAUAUUGGCCAAUGUUUGUUAUAUCCUCUUUGGCUGCUAUUGUUGCCAGUCAAUCUCUGAUAUCGGCCACCUUUUCCGUUAUCAAGCAAUCUGUUGUAUUGGAUUAUUUCCCUCGGAUCAAGAUUGUGCAUACAUCCUCCAGCAAUGAAGGCCAGGUUUACUCCCCAGAAACAAACUAUGCUCUCAUGGUUUUUUGUGUUGCUGUCAUACUUAUUUUUGGGGACGGAAAAGAAAUUGGAAAUGCCUUUGGUGUUGUUAUUAUCCUAGUCAUGCUCAUUACCACUCUAUUACUAACAUUGGUUAUGAUCGUGAUUUGGAGAAUUCCCGCAUUUCUGGUUGCUCUCUUCUCUUUUGUCUUCUUGACAAUUGAAGGUCUCUACGUGAGCUCCGUUUUCACCAAAAUCAAAGACGGUGGAUGGAUUCCUUUUGCCAUUUCAUUGAUCCUUGCUUUCAUCAUGUUUGGAUGGUUUUAUGGCAGACAGAGAAAGAUGGAGUACGAGUUAACCCACAAGAUAAAUACCGAAAGGCUUAAAAGUUUGCUUUCUGAUCCAGGCGUCCAACGGGUUCCUGGACUCUGCUUCUUUUACACCAACAUUCAAGAUGGGUUCACCCCAGUAUUGAGUCAUUAUAUCAAAAACAUGAGAUCCAUUCAUAAGGUAACCGUGUUUACGACACUAAGGUAUUUGUUGGUUCCUAAAGUUGCACCCAACAAGCGGAUUGUCGUAAAAGGAUUGGGACUCAAAGGGGCUUACGGGUGUUUGAUUCAGUACGGAUAUGCAGAUUUGCUUAGUCUUCAAGGAGACUUUGUUUCUCAAGUUAUUGCUAGCUUGCAGGAUCAUAUAAUGCAGCAAUUUACUGAGAACCCACCGCUGGAGGAGCAAGAAAUGACGGAUUUAAAUGAGGCACAACAUGCUGCGGUGGUUCAUGUUCGUGGGAAGACGAGAUUUUAUAUAAGCAAGAAGUGUACGUGGUUUGAUAGAUUCAUGCUUGCAUUUUAUGAAUUUAUGCAUAGUAAUUGUCGGUCUGCGCUUCCGACGUUAGGAGUGCCGCUUCAGCAGCGUAUCGAGGUCGGAAUGUUUUACGAGGCGUGAAGGUAAACUAGUUUGAACUUCUGUUCCUAAAGCAAAAGCAAAAAAGAUCGGGGCCAUACCUGACGGUGUUCCAAUUUGAAUUAUGGAAUUGGUUUUGCACGGGCCCCAAUUAUACAUGUUUUAGCAUUUACUUAAUUAUAUACUAGUUGUGUACCCGCGCAAUGUGGCGGGAGCCUUG